CGCCGCGCAUGCAUGUAAAGGCCAAAUUUGCUUGCUCACAUUCUCUACGCAGUAAUGAUUGAAUCUAGAAGCUAGAGGUUAUUUACGAUACUAAACACUUUGUUCAUAUUUAAUUAUUCGUGAUUACGCUGGCGAGAUACCAGGGAUCAUGAAAAUGUUUGCAUACACCCUUUUGUUCGCUGUCUGCUCUAUGGGUAUAGUCGCCCAAGUGAAUUCUCAAGAAUGUCUUACGGCUACCCAAGAUGCUUGCAGACCAAAUAUCAAUAAACAAAGCACCACCAACACGGAAUCUUCUUGUAACUCCCGCUAUGGAGCCAUUGGUCACCUCGAGGAUGACUUGAAUAAAUUCGCCCUAACUCACAUCAUCAAGAACUUUGAAUACCUACUCAUGUCCACUCAUUUCGCCAACUACGACAUGAACAGGGAAGGUUUCCACAAGCUUUUCAGAGGUUAUGCCGAUUCCAAAUGGGAGAAGAGCAUCGAACUGAUGAAGCACAUCAGCAAGCGUGGAGGAAAGGUAAACAUGAAGGCCUCAAUCCCUGCCACCACUGCAAAUUACGAAUUGUACGAAAUUGAGAGCUUGGCCAAGGCUUUGGACAUGGAGAAAUCAAUUAUGAAUGACGCUUACUACAUCCACGAACGUGCCAUUAGGAAGCUGGAGCAUAGCCACGAUCCUGAGAUCUCCCACUACAUCGAAGAAGAGUUCGUGGAGAAGAGCGCUGAUACCAUCAGGGAACUGUCUGGACACGUUUCCGAUUUGUCCAAGAUGCUUGGAGAGAGCCAGGAUAAUGCUCUUUCCUUGUAUUUGUUCGACGAUUACCUAAAGAACUUGUAGAUUGUAUAUUUUCUUGUGAUUGUUACGUAUAGAGAUAUGUUUUUUAAAUACUUUGAAAGUGAUAUGUUUCAUAGUUUAUCAUUCAAUUGAAAUAAAAUUUUAUUCCGA